UCAUCUUUUGUCAUGGCGCUGGAUAAUGCGAACGCAAUCCCUUCUUCUUCCUCACUCCCACUGGAAAACCGGGUGGCGAUAAUCACAGGUGCAUCAGGUGGAAUCGGUGGCGCAAUCGCUCGUCACCUUGCCUCUCUCGGUGCAAAAUUAGUCCUCAGUUACUCCAGUAACUCAACCCAAACUGAUCUCCUUGCCACUGAACUCAACAACUCAUCAUCAUCAUCACAGCCAAAAGCAAUAUCAAUCAAAGCCAAUGUUUCAGAUCCAGACCAACACCAUUUCCAAGUCAAAUCGUUAUUCGAUCACGCCGAGAAGGUUUUCAAUUCACAGCCACAUAUCUUAGUUAACUCGGCUGGAGUAUUAGACCCGAAAUACCCAACAAUCUCCAACACCAACAUCGAAGAUUUUGAUCACAUAUUCAACAUAAACACUAAAGGAGCGUUCUUAUGCGCCAGAGAAGCUGCUAACCGGUUGGUUCGCGGUGGUGGUAGGCGGAUUAUAUUGAUUUCGUCGUCUAUGGUUGGUGGAUUGAAACCUGGGUUCGGUGCUUAUGCUGCGUCGAAGGCGGCGGUGGAGACGAUGAUGAGAAUUCUUGCGAAAGAAUUGAAAGGGACUGGAAUUACAGCUAAUUGUGUUGCGCCUGGACCUAUUGCAACUGAUAUGUUUUAUGCAGGGAAAGGGGAAGUGCAAAUCAAGAAUGUGAUUGCUGAAAGUCCAUUGAGUCGACUCGGUGAAACUAAAGAUGUUGCUCCUGUUGUUGGGUUUUUGGCUGGGGAUGCUAGUGAGUGGGUUAAUGGACAGGUUAUUCGUGUUAAUGGCGGAUAUGUUUAGAUCAGACAGGAAGAA